AUUUGAACGAUAAACAUAACUUGCAACAAUCAACGAUACACCCAUCCAUAACAUAAUAAUUUUCUAUUCUUUCUCUGAUUGAGAGACGAUUGCGAAAGACAUGUCAUUGACAGCACCUUUCAAGUUUAGUCCACCUCCUGUACACGCCAAGAGACAACAACAAAUGUACAAUCUGAUACUUGAAUAUGCAAGAAGAAAGGGAAUAGAUCGAAUGGUAGAAAUGAACGGCAAAUGGUGGAUUUACACGAGAACUCCACCGAAUAGAAAGGCUUUGCGUUAUUGGUAUGAUAUGGACUGUGUUGUAUUGAAUCCUGUAAAGGAUUUACAAACAGCCAAAGCUUAUGCUAGAAGAGUAAAGGAAGCAGUAGAGAAACGAACGACGGUAGAGUUACCAAGACAAGAUAUUUGUGUACGGCGAAGUGACGGAAAGAAACAUGGCGUAGUAGCAAGAAGAGGAGAUGAUAUUGAGUUUGCUCAAGAAACUGCUUUUACCAAGGCAGGUACAGUCGGAGUUAAAGUAUGGUUGAGAAAGAAACCGUAUUGGAGGUUGUAAAGCAAAAAGUCUAACGCUUUGCAAUUCAUCGAUAUCUUAUAAGAAGCUUUCCAUUUUUUUCUUUUAUCGAUCUUUACAUAUAAAUUAAUAAAAAGAAGAGGGAAGCAUUUCCAUAUGGGCUUCACUCCAGUAUUGAUUUUGGUACAAUGGAAUAGAAACAAGUCUUCGAAAACUUUCUACGAAUAUUCCAGUUUAGAAGAAGCACUUCAAGGUAUUCUUAAAAUAAGU